UUGCCUUUCUUCCCUCUCUUCCUCUGUAUCUUUUCGAUUCCCAAAACCCCAAAACCUCUCCUUUCUCUCCUCCGCGCCGGCGCCGUCUCUGCUCAGCCCAAAUCCAUCGUUCCUCGUUACAAGCUUCGCUCACUCUCCCCCACCUGUCCACGUGGACGCGCCCCCGCAUCGCCAGCAUUCCAGGUUCGCUGACUCCGGUGUUUUAUACGGCGUACCAAACGAGACCCUAAAUUUUUGCCAAACGUGCUCUCUCUCAUCUUCCCACGUUUCUCCACUUGUCCUCUCUUCAGACCCCCACUCACUCUUGGCGGUUUUGUUUUGCUGCCAAAGCCCCCAAUACCGAAAGGGCGGUUGCUCUUCCUCCUAAUUGGGGAAAAUCGGUGGCGGAGUUGGCUCUUAAUUUCAAAGAAUGGUUUUUUGCUCUCACUGUAGAAAGCCAGUUUCUGGAAUUAGCGAUGGUGGUAGAAUUUCGUGUCCCGGAUGUGGAAAGGUUUUGGAGUACGAACAAUACAGUGAGGAAACCACAUUCGUUAAAAAUGCAGCUGGCCAGAGCCAAGUGGCUGGAAGAUUUGUACGGACCAUUCAAAGUGAUAUCUCAGCUUCUCGCGAAAGGAUCUUCGAGAACGCCGAAUAUGAAUUAAGAUGUAUGAGAAAUGCUUUGGAUAUGGGAGACAAUGAAGAAAUUGUUGACAUAGCUAAGCGCUUUUAUAGAAUUGCAGUAGAGAAAAAUUUCACCAGGGGGCGUAAAUCAGAGCAAGUACUGGCUUCAUGUCUUUACAUUGCAUGCCGGGAAAAGAGGAGGCCGUAUCUACUUAUUGAUUUUUCGAACUACUUGAAGAUAAAUGUUUACGUGCUAGGUGCUGUGUUUUUGCAACUUUGCAAAACUCUUAGGCUCAAUGAGCACCCAAUUGUCCAAAAACCUGUUGAUCCUUCUUGGUUUAUUCAUAAAUUUACAGAGAGUUUACCAGGAGGAACGAAUAAAAGGGUCAUGCAAACUGCACUGCGGAUUAUCACUAGCAUGAAACGGGAUUGGAUGCAGACAGGCAGAAAACCCAGUGGGCUAUGUGGUGCUGCGCUAUAUAUAUCUGGACAUUCACAUGGUCUCAAUUAUUCCAAGUCUGACAUUACUAGGAUUGUGCAUGUUUGUGAUGCAACAUUGACCAAGCGGCUGGUUGAGUUUGAGAAUACUGAAUCUGGAAGCUUGACGAUUGAGGAGUUCCUUGAAAAGGCCAGGGAGCUGGAAGAAUUCAGCAAAGAACCAAUUUUGGCAUUAAAAGUGGGUAAUGCAGAUGAUGUCCUUUGUGAGCAUAAGGGUAGUGGAAAACCAUUUGCAUAUGGACUUUGUAGAAUUUGUUACGAUGAUUUUAUGCAAAUUUCAGGUGGACUUGAGGGAGGGUCUAAUCCUCCAGCUUUCCAGCGUGCCGAAGUAAAGAGAUCGGAGGAGGCAUCUGCUGAGCAAAUUGCUACAGAUUCUGGUGCUGAACCUUGCCAAAGCCCGGACAACAGUAAACAGUUACCAAAUUUUGAGAAAGAACUGAACAAAUCAAAAGCAGAAAGUAGAGACGAAAGAACGCAGUUUACAGGGCCUGAAAGUACCACUGUUGAUGCGGAUGCUGAAGAUUGUGAUAAGCCUGACAACCUCUCGGAUAUCGAGGAUGCAGAGGUUGAUAGCUACCUUCUAAAUGAAGAGGGGAAACGUUAUAAACAGAUGAUUUGGGAAGAAAUGAACCGGGAGUACAUUGAGGAGCAAGCAGAAAAGGAGAGACAAAACAAGGCUGCUGGUAUGGAUCCUGACAUUCCAGAAGAUGCAAAGAACCUUGGGCAGGCUACAGCAGCAGCUAUGGCAAAGAAAAGAAAGGAAAGGCAACUAGCUCGAGAAGCCGAAGCAAGGAGUUCUACUCCAGCUAAAAAUGCUGCCGAAGCUACCCACCAGAUGUUGACUAAGAAGAGACUCAGCUCAAAAAUCAAUUUUGAAGCCAUCGAGCAUAUAUUCCAAACAGAUGAAGCUCCAGAUGGCUCCAAGAAGAAAAAACUUGAAUCUCAUCUUGACACUGACAAAGCGGAAGACAAUGUUGAUGAGUUGGGUCCAGAAAAUGAAUAUGAAGACGAGGAGGGAAUUGGAGUAUUUGGCUACAAUGUUGAUGAUGAAAAUGUUGAUGAACAACCAUACGACGAUGAAGAUUAUGGUUAUGAUGGCUACUGAUGGCGCUUUCUGUCAGCGUCUUAUUGAAGCCCUUAGGUAGCUAGAUUCAAGUGUUUCCAUCUAUCAAAAUGGUUUGCUCGGUCACACUCCGACCACAUUUCUGCAGCCUUCCCCUAAGAUUUGUUUUCUUACUCAAGGUUGGAUACUGGACCCCUUAAGUUUAUUUUUUGUAAUGUAAAGACUGAAAAUACAUUUUCUUUUUACAAAAAUUAGUGUUGUAUACGAAGUGUAGGCUGUUUUUCGUUU